UCACUCAUCCUCUUAUUCUGCCUCGCACUCGUCUGUUCGCGCACGCCGGGGUUUGGGAUCGUGUUUGCUCGGCAUGAUGGGAGAUUUAAACCCGCACAGCGCCGAGGAGAAGAAGUGAAGGAGUGGAAAAGAUGAAAUAAGGCAGAGAGAGAGAGAGAGAGAGAUACAGCACGAGCGCGGAGGAGUGGACGGAGGGCAGGUUUUACAGCCGGAGGAGUAAAAAUGGACGAUUCUCCCACUAAACACCUGCUGGGGCCCAAGAAAAAGGUGAAAAUCCACCCAAACACGGUGACGGUGAAAUACGCCACCCACUUCCCUCAGCCCGGAGAUGAGGGCUACGACGACGCCCCCAGCUUCGAGGACUUCAGCUCCUUUGUGGAGGAGACGUCAGACAGGAAGAGACUGACCUCUAGUGGACCCACCAGUAAACCCUGCAGGACGUUUCUCGGCUCUCUGGACGGCCAGUCCAAACCUGGUGCGGAUCAGAAGGUCAGCGGAGGGGUCGGAGGUCAGCUGCAGAGUUUCGGCGAGGCGUGUGUGUUCUCCUCGCGGCUAACGUGGGGCGCUCUGUUCGUAGCAGCGUUAGCGCAUGGCUGCGUGGCACUGCUGACCCGUCUGGCCGCCGACCGCUCCAGAGUUCCCUCCCUGGAGCUGCUCUUCAUCCGCUCCGUCAUACAGGUGCUGUCUGUGGCCGUCGUUUACUACCACCAGGAGGCGCCGUUCGGGCCCAGCGGCUACCGGCUGCGGCUCUUCUUCUACGGCGUGUGCAAUGUCAUCUCCAUCACCUGUGCUUACACGUCCUUCGCCAUUGUCCCGCCGAGCAACGGCACCAUCAUGUGGCGGGCGACGACGACGGUGUUCAGCGCCAUUUUAGCGUUCCUGCUAAUAGAUGAGCGGCUGGGGCUGAUCGACAUGGCCACUGUGGUCAGCAGCGUUUUCGGACUGUGCCUGGUCAUGGUGCCCAACAUCGUUAGCGAGAACAGAUCGCUCGGGUUCUGGAAGGAGGCUUUCGGCUACACCAUGACGGUCAUGGCAGGUUUGACCGCUGCCCUCUCGAUGAUAAUCUACAGGUCGAUUAAAGAGAAAGUUAGCAUGUGGACGGCCCUUUUCACGUUCGGCUGGACGGGGACGCUGUGGGGCGCCUGCACCAUGUUCGUUCUGCAGGAGCCUAUAAUCCCUCUGGACGGGGAGACCUGGGCGUACCUCCUCAGCAUCUGCCUCUGCUCCACCGUGGCUUUCCUCGGUGUUUAUUACGCCCUGAACCGCCUGCACCCCGCGCUGGUCAGCACCGUCCAGCACCUGGAGAUCGUAGUGGCAGCUCUGCUGCAGCUGCUCGUCCUGCACAUGGCACCGUCCAUCUAUGAUGUCAUUGGAGGCUUCAUCAUCAUCAUUAGCGUCGUCAUGCUCGCGGCAGUAAAGCUGUUCUGGGUGGGGAAGAGCCGGAGGCAGGAAUACGAGGAAAUCCUCGACUCGCCUAUUAAGUGAUUUUUGUUUGUUUAUUUUCAGGCCACUUUGUCAAAAUACCAAGCUGUAAACUAAAGACUGAAGCCCUGUUGGAGCUGAAUUAGUUUUACCUGGACAGGGAGUAGGAAACAAACUGGAUUCACACUGGAUUAAAAUCGCUCCACAAUUAUUACUGUCAGACCGUAAAACUACACACACUGCAGAUUCAUACUGGAUUAAAAUCACUCCACAAUU